AUGAACGGCUCACAGGCCGGCCCUGCCGCCUGGACUCCCUGGCUGAGCUCCUGCUGCAACCAGUCGGGGGCGUCGCCGGAGCCCCCCGAGGGCCCACGCGCCGUGCAGGCGGCGGUGUUGGCCGUGCUGUCGCUGCUCGUGCUCUGUGGGGUCGUGUUCCUGGGUGGCGCGCUCCUCCUCCGCGCCCAGGGCUUGGCCGCGCUCCUGGCCCGUGAGCGGCGGGCUUCUCACGAGGCUGAGCCGAGCCUUUGCCCUGCUUGCCAAGGGCAGAGGAGGGCCCUGUGCCCCUCUGAGAAGGGCUACAGCCUGGGUGCUCGUGCGGAGGGGCUGGUGAGGGGCAAGGGCAGGGUGCAGCUAAGCAGCUGUGAAGCCGACGAUGACGACGUGUGA